UCCUCCAGAUCCCCUCCUACCCCUUCUCUCUCUCCCUCUUCAUUUAGUUUGUAGUCUACUGUAUGGUACUAAGUGGACCCCUGCUGGCCACUGUGUGAUAUCAUGUUUAUAAUCAUUCUCAUUAAAUGUUUGGCUGUGCUUUAGCAUUAUGCCAACACUAACAAAGGAAUACUAGCAGCCAUUUUUGUGAGGCUGUCAAAUAUUUUAAAAAGACUGAAGAAAAAAAUGUAUAAUCUUCAUAACAAAUUCCAAUGUCCAACAAAUCCAUAUUAGUCCACAGCUCAGACCAAAGGGUGAUUAGAGAGAGAGUGGGAAAGAGAGACUGAGGCAGAAAGAGAGAGAGCGAGAGCGAGAGACUGUCAUGCAGAAUGAGAGUUGAGUGCUUUGCUUUGAUGUUUUCAUUUUUGUUGAAUCACCACAGUCCAGAGAGUGCUCUCAUUAGCGGCACUGCUGUCAAGUCCCAGGCAGUGUCCCUCCCCAUACAGUCUACAGCACCGCCCAGCGCCCACCCUCUACCUCCUCCACAGCUCCCUCACUUCUGCUACUCACUCACCCGCCAUUCAUCUCAUCUCAGGAUCACUCAACAUCACCUGAAGAUAGAUCCCACUCCUGACCACAGCUAUUUCUGUAUCAUUAGAUCUCUAUUGUUUUGAUCACACUUCUGGCUCUGUCCCUUCACCACCUUCAUUCACAUCACAGGGAUUUUAACUGUGUGUCACUGGAUUGUUUAUGCAGUAGUGUUUUGGAAUCAAGUUGGUUGGACCCCACUUGAAACUCAUGCUGUGGAGAGUAGCCUGCAGCGAUGUCAUCUCAUCUCUCCCCCCGCAACGCAAAGGAUCAGCCACGCACGAGAAAGUCAUCCACUGACUCAUCUCCCGCUAAACCCUCGCAAACCUCCAGAAGCCUCAAGCAUGAAAGAGUGUCCAGACUGGACUCGUCUGGUGCUUACGACCGAGAGGCCUAUGACGCUCGCAGGGAAAACAGAAUGGCCGCGCGAAAAAAAGCUGAGGAAGAGGCAGGAUGCACUGACUAUAAGAAGAUGUACGAGGAGGCCUUGUCUACCAAUGAGAGACUCAAGUCCCGGCUGCAGGGCAGCAAACAGGAGCUGGUGUUGGUGCAGACUCAGCUGGAGAGAGUCACACAGAGAAAGAUCACAAUGACUGAAAGGUCCAAUGAGAGGUCCAUGCUUGAGACAGAAAAACAGGAAACACGUGUCCUACAGAAGAAGAUAUCAGACAUGGAAGAUGAAGUGAAGGUCCAGACAGAGCUGAAGAAUGAGAACCAGAGACUGAAGGAUGAGAACGGAGCCUUAAUCCGGGUCAUCAGUAAACUGUCUAAGUGAGAGGAGGAGUAGGAGGAAGAGAGGAGUGGAUGAUGCAUCUUUAUUUCCCAUGUUUACCCCCACCACCCCCACCACCCCCACCACACCAA